CGAGAGAGAGAUGGCGGCGUCCGAUCAAAUGGCAGUGUCGGGUACGAUCCGAGCCACGGACGAGCCCUGCAUCGUCAAGAUGAAUAGGAUCUUGGAAGGAUCAGAGGACGUGGCUUCUCUGGCUCAGGGGGUCACGUAUUGGAAUCCUCCAGAGGCAUGCAUGGCGGCUGCGACUGCUGCCAUUGGUCAAAUGGAGACCAACCGCUACAAUCGUGUUGAGGGCGUGCCUGAGCUCACUGCUGCCCUAACACGCAAACUCGAAGCCGAUAACAAACUCCACAACCAAGGCGUCAUGGUCACCAUGGGGGCUAAUCAGGCCUUUAUGAACGUUUUACUGACUCUUUGCGAGCCAGGCGAUGAGGUCAUGCUUUUCCUGCCGUACUACUUUAAUCAUCACAUGGCCCUUCAAAUGACGGGCAUGAAAUGUCGCAAGGUGGCGCGACGCCCCGACACUUUCGAACUUGACAUGGAUGCCAUCAAGCAGCAUGUGUCCGAGUGCAAGAUGGUUGUGUUGGUCAACCCGUGCAACCCCAGCGGCGCCGUCACGGAUGCCGAAACAUUGAACACUCUCAGCGAGCUGUGCCGCCAGCACAAUACCUAUCUGGUUGUUGACAACACCUACGAAGACUUUAUUUGGGAUGAUGCAGCCAAGCACACGUGCAUUCAAGGCCCCCAUGUUCUCAACAUCUUUUCCUUCUCCAAGGCCUAUGGCCUCAUGGGUUGGCGCGUCGGCUACAUUGCCUAUGAGUUGAAUUCACCGGAGCUGGCGCAAUCCCUGCUCAAGGUCCAGGAUACCAUUCCCAUCUGUCCGUGCAUCAUCAGCCAACGCGCGGCCGUGGCAGCAUUGGAACAAGGCAGCACGUGGGUUGCGGAAAGGGUUGCCACGCUCGCUGCCAAUCGCCAAGCAGUCCUUGAUGCUCUGGCGACGGUUGAUGGCUGCCAGGUCUUGGGCCAAGCUCAGGGGGCCAUCUACAUUAUGGUGCGCUUACCCGUCGACGAUGACAUGCAGGCCGUAGAGUGGCUAGCACGGCAGCACCACGUGGCUGUCAUUCCGGGCAGUGCGUGCGGUGCGCGCGGCCACAUUCGAGUGGCUUUUGCCAACCUGGACAUUGAUCAGUGCAUGGCAGCCACUGCGCGCCUGGUAACCGGGUUGCAAGAGCUGCAAACCCACGGUUCAACUGCAUUCAGCCGAUCAAGCUAAAUCCCGUGUGUUGCUGCCCAAGCCCGAGCUCGAGUGGCGGGGAGGCAGAAGACCCAGAAUAAUGUGUGGGACUCAAUCAAGACCGUCCAGCU